CAGGCUCGUCCAGGGGGCGCUGCCGUCAAACUACGCAAGCGCGGGGGCGGGGCUCGCAAGCGCAUGCGCCGCCUGGAGCCGGAACCGACGCGGUCAGUGGGCGCCUCUGCGCGCGCGGGAAGAUGGCCGAGCCGGCGUCCAAGUCGGUGCUGUUUGUGUGUCUGGGUAACAUUUGCCGGUCACCCAUUGCAGAAGCAGUUUUCAGAAAACUCGUGACUGAUCAGAACGUUUCAGACAAUUGGAGGAUAGACAGUGCGGCCACAUCCACCUAUGAGAUAGGAAACCCCCCUGACUAUCGCGGGCAGGAGUGCAUGCGGAGGCACGGCGUGCCCAUGAGCCACGUGGCCCGGCAGGUCACCAAGGAAGACUUUGCCACCUUUGACUACAUACUGUGUAUGGAUGAAAGCAACCUGAGAGAUUUGAAUAGAAAAAGUAAUCAAGUUAAAAACUGCAAAGCUAAAAUUGAACUACUUGGGAGCUAUGAUCCACAAAAACAACUCAUUAUUGAAGAUCCCUAUUAUGGGAACGACGCGGACUUCGAGGCUGUAUACCAGCAGUGUGUGCGGUGCUGCAGGGCCUUCCUGGAGAAAGCCCACUAGGGCUGGGCAGUCCCCGCCGGCUGCUGCAUGCUCAGAUGCCGGAAUGUUCCCUGGGCCUCAUGUUUGUCUUCCAUUGACUUUAUCUUAAACAAUAAUUGUUGAUGGAAAUCAGUUGUACAUGCAGAAUAAUAAAUAAAAAUCUUAAGCCUUCUUAGACUAGUUGAGCCUUGCUCUCUGCCCCAAUUACAAAAACAGGGGAACAAACACCACAGAACAGAGUAGAACAAAUGCAACAGCGAAACAGGACUCGGAGCCCCAGGUCAGCAUCCAAGGCAGUGUGACGUGGAGGCAGUGGCCUGUGAGGGAAGUGCGGGAAGGUGCACUCCACCCUCCUGGUGCCCUCUCCUCGCCCCGCACCCCUUUGUGGAGCUGCCCUAUAAGAAGUUUUACUUCACAUACCCAGAGUGCACUCUUGUCUACUGGGAGACAGGAAAGAGAAAAGUUUAUGGAAUCACCACCUUUCACACUUGCUGAUUUUUGUUUAUUUCUUGAGGGGCUCAGCUUGUUUCCUCCCACUUGAGCCACUUUAUUUCUGCAAUGUAAUUACAUCCAGAAGAAGGAUGCGUGAAUGCUGUCUUCCCUUGUGGAGGGUUGAAUACUUCUGUGUUUAUACCCACAUCAUCCAAAUGCCAAAUGCAAAUUGGUCUAGGUGGGAAAAUGAUCUAAAAAAGUUCAGUUGUGUUGAUGUGCUUAAGUAUUGGCAUGUUAGUAUUUCUUUGUUAGCUUUUAAUAAGUUUAUAACAAAUAUAGAUCAUUUCUGUCCUUCAGAUAACUAAUUCUUAACUUACAUGGUUGUAUGCCAGAAACAAUUGUUUUCAAAAUAAACUGGAGAGUUACAAAAAUACAA